CGCCUUUGUGAGGGAAAGUGGUGGCGUGGAAGGUUCGCGAAGCCGCCGACGCCAUCGCGCCCCUCCGUCUCGGCUCUCCGCCUAUGGCGACCGGGGCCAACGCGACGCCGCUGGGGAAACUCCAUCCGCCCCCGCCGCCGGGCAAGGCCGGCUAUCCGCUUCCUCCUCCCGGAUUAGUGAUGCAAGGCCCGCCGCCUCCGCCGCCACCUCCGGGCCCCGCGCAGGCCCAGCCUCAGCCGGCCAUCCCGAGCCUCAUGGCGGCCGCCGGGUUUCCCUUCGCCGCGCUGCCUCCGCCUCCUCCUCCACCACCACCUCCUCCGCCGCCUCAGCAGCCCCAGCCGCCCCCGCAGCAGCCUCAGCCGCCGCCUCCGCCUCCUCCGCAGGCCCAGCAGCCUCAACCGGCCCAGUACGGCCAGUACCGCUUCCCUUCGCCCCCGCCGCCCCAGCAGCCCAUGGGCCUCGAGCCGCAGCCGCCGCCCCAGCACCUCCACCUUCUCCAGCAGGACGACGGCGGCCAGGCCGGGGCAGGCAACUCAGAUUACCCUAAUAAAAAGAGGAAGAGGAGCCGGUGGAAUCAAGACACCAUGGAACAGAAGACCAUCAUCCCUGGCAUGCCCACCGUCAUCCCUCCUGGGCUCACCCGGGAACAAGAAAGAGCUUACAUAGUGCAACUGCAGAUAGAAGACCUGACUCGUAAACUGCGCACAGGAGACCUGGGCAUCCCCCCUAACCCUGAGGACAGGUCUCCUUCCCCCGAGCCAAUUUACAAUAGCGAGGGGAAGCGCUUGAACACCCGGGAAUUCCGCACACGGAAGAAGCUCGAAGAGGAGAGGCACAAUCUGAUAACGGAGAUGGUGGCUCUCAAUCCAGACUUCAAGCCACCGGCUGAUUACAAGUAUAACCGUCCGCCCUGGAUGAAUUCCGGCCCUUCGGAAAACAGGCCCUUCCAUAACAUGCACGGGGGGAGUGGGAGCAGUGGCAGCAGCAGUAGCGGGGGGCCCGCGGGCCCCAGCGGCCCCCACAAUUUCCCUCACCCCAUGUCGAGCAUGGGAGGACACGGGGGUCACCCCAUGCAGCACAACCCCAGCGGCCCCCCGCCUUGGAUGCAGCCUCACAACCCCCCCAUGAACCAGGGACCACAUCCCCACGGGCACCCUGGCCCCCACCACAUGGAUCAGUACCUGGGCAACGCGCCAGUGGGCUCUGGGGCCUAUCGCCUCCAAGGAAAAGGUAUGAUGCUGCCUCCGAUGGGUAUGAUGCCCCCUCCGCCCCCUCCACCCAGUGGCCAGCCUCCCCCGCCUCCCUCUGGUCCUCUCCCCCCAUGGCAGCAGCAACAGCAGCAGCAGCAGCCGCCACCCCCGCCUCCCAGCAGCAGUACUCCCUUGCCAUGGCAGCAAAAUACGACGACCACCACGAGCGCUGGCACCGGGGGCAUCCCUCCAUGGCAGCAGCAGCAGGGGGCGGGGGCAGCAACUUCUACGGGGGGCCCUCAGAUGCAAGGCAGCCCCUCCAUGGUGCCUUUGCCUCCCGGGGUCCAGCCUCCGCUGCCCCCCGGGGCCCCGCCUCCUCCCCCGCCCCCCCCGCCUGGCUCCGCGGGCAUGAUGUACGCUCCUCCCCCUCCUCCGCCUCCCAUGGACCCUUCUAAUUUUGUCACCAUGAUGGGGGUGGGGGUACCGGCCUUGCCGCCCUUCGGCAUGCCCCCGGCCCCCCCACCGCCCCCUCCCCAGAACUGAAGAAUCAAAUUUUUUUCUAUACCAUUAUUCCCUCCCCCCCUCCCACCAAUACAGAGCCAGGAAUUGGACUUGGGGUGUGUGUGACAUUUAAAGCAGGGAAGUUGUGCCCUUGUCUGUAUUUGGAGAGGCGUGGUGUGACUCCGAUCUCCUCCUCGGCUGAUUGACAGGUGUCUUUCGGGAGCCGAGCCGGCUUUUUCUGAACCAUGUCCCCCUGUUCUCUCUCCUUUCAGAGGUUUCCCCCCCCUUCCCCCAGGCGGGGGAGAGACCCAGAAACUUGGGGGAAAUCUCCUGGCUGAAUGGAGAGGCUGUGGCUUAGGGGUUUUGGGGAAGGACGGCAUUGGGGUCCUUUUUUUCAUUUCUUCUUGCCAAAUAGCCCUCUUAUUUUUUAGCCGCCUCUUUUGAGUUCUCUCUGCAGCCAUUUCCAUCCUCUGCUUUAAAACCCUCUUUGAAGACGCCCACGGAUGUGCAUGGAGGACACAUGCACCAAAUUGAGCAGGGGGUCUGUGUGUGUGUGUGUGAGUCAAGGGACAUGUUUCUCACCCCCCUACCCCCCCCAAAAAAAGUCUUAGUCACUUCAGGCUGAAGGGAGUCUUUUAAAAUCCUCCCGAUUGAAAAACGAAGGCCGAGGAGGGAGAAUCUCGGCCUCUCCCCAAGUCCAAACUUCCUUUUCUUCUUCUUUUUUACACAGCAGAAUUUUGUGGUCCGGGGUGACCCCCUGCCCCCUUGCCCUCCCUUGAUUGAAUGGCUUCUGUUGAAAACGACGUGUGUAUGUGGGUGUGUGUGUGUGGACGUCCCUGUCUCCUGUAACCAUUUUCUUAAUUGCCUUCUUCCCCCCCGCCCUCCUGUGUGUGUGUAAGAAUAAAAUCCGAUGCAGAAAAGAGGAGGAGGUUCCAAAAUAAAUGCCGCUUUUAAAAUAG